CUUUGCCUUAACACAUCACGUGGUCUUUAAAAAGGCUCUGUUUGGAUACCGGACAAUUAAGGUGAAUCGGAACGUCGCCGUCUUUGGUUUAGGAGAUUUGCAAUUUUUAAACUAGUAUGAAUAAACGUGUUUGACUAUGGAUCCUGAGUGUUUUGCCCAGGACGUGUUAGGGUGUCAUUUAUGUAAGACAACCACCCCGCCUAUGUACUGUGACGUUUGUCACAUACACCUGUGUAAAGCAUGUGUGGGGGAACAUCUCUCAAGCGAAUUUAAAGACCACAAAGUGGUGCCAUUUGAAAUGCGUGGAUCUACAACGAAGUGUCAAAAACACUCGUCAAAAAUAUGUGAACUUCAUUGCGUACAAUGUAACAUUCCUAUUUGUGCAACAUGCGUUUCGUCAAAGGAUCAUAGAGGCCAUGAAUUUGUUGAGGUUUUGAAACUCAUUGAAAACAAGAAGGAAGCAAUACGAAGAGAUUUAACAGAGUUUGAGCUAUCUAUUUAUCCAAAAUAUAAAAAGAUUGCCUCUUACAUUUUAGCUCAGAAAGAUAAUAUCAAUACCAACUCUAAGAAGUUGACAACAGCUUUGGGCAAACAAGAAGAAGACUUGCGAAAAGAAAUAGAUAGCAUAGUAAAAAAACUAAAAUCCGCUCUCGAUAAAAUAGAUUCAAGAUACCUGGCUGUUCUAAAUAGGCAGGAAGACGAAAUAGCACAAACUAUUUCUAAAAUUACUCAAAACAUUACUGAUUUGAAUACUUUGCUGAAUUCCAAUGAUGCCAUUCAUGUCUUUGCUUACAAAUCAAAGAAUGCUGAAUUUAGAAGAUUGCCCCCUAAACUCAAAAUUUCCUUACCAAGCUUGACUUCUCAGAAGAUCAACAAAGAACAGCUUUAUCAACUGUUUGGUUCGCUGUCAGCAUUUUGUAUAACAUCAGAUGAUAAUGGUUACACAACAGAUUCACCUGAUGCUGAGACAUUUCACUCAGAAAAAUCACUCCUUGAUGAACCACGGAUCAUAACAGAAAUUAAAACUGAAUAUGGCGACAACAGUGAAUUACACAGCGUUUCUUGUUUAAGCGAUGACUAUAUCUGGACGUGUGGUAUUGAAAAAAUCAUGAGGCUCGUCAGUCUUCAAGAAAAACUGGUAAAGGAAAUCGAAACCAAUUCACGGACUAGACCAGGAGACAUAGCAGUGUCAAAUGGAUAUUUAGUUUAUACAGAUUACAAUGAAAGAGCAGUGAACAUAUUAAAAAAUAAAAAGUUGAAUAGAGUGGCCAGACUACAGGGAUGGAGACCUCGUAGUGUAUGCAUUUCUUCUACCGGCGAUUUCCUUGUUGUCAUGGACAGUGAUGAUUAUCAACAAGUAAAAAUCGUGCGUUACUCGAGCUCAGACUUCAAAGAAAAACAAUGCAUUCAAUCAAAUGAUAAUGGCGAGCGGCUUUAUUCACCUGGCGAUUUCUCCAAAUAUAUCAGCGAGAACAAGAACCUUGACAUCUGCGUAGCGGAUUAUAGAGCCGGCGCAGUAGUAGUGGUCAAUCAGGCCGGGAAACUCCGGUUUACCUACACUGGUCCUUCUUCUACUACCAAGGAAUCAUUUUGUCCAGUCGGCAUCACUACCGACAGCCAGAGUCGGAUACUGACAGCAGAUUUUUGGAACAACCGCAUCCAUAUUUUUGAGAAGGACGGACAGUUCCUCCAGUACAUUGACGACUGUGAUAUACAGCGUCCAUGGGGAUUGUGCGUGGACACCAGAGACAACCUCUUUGUUGCUGAAUGUAAGACAUGUAAAGUGAAAAAAAUUCAAUACUAUGUUUAGAAAUUACAUGUAUGUAUUAAAAAAUGCUUGAAGUCUCGGUAUUUUACUGUAAAUUACGUAUUAUCAACUUUUCUGUGGUUUUAUGUUGUAUUUUAUGCUUUAAUAGUUGGUGGUAUUUAAUAAAUAUAUCAUUGCU